ACUCUUUUCUUUAUACCUUCAGGUAGAGCAAGAUGACAGGUCCUCCAUUUUUGUUGUUCAGUCUGACCGCAUUGGCUGUGGUUGUAUCUUUGGUCUGUAGCAGUGCUUCUAUCACAAACAAUGAAGAUGACUACCAUUUUACACAGAUAAAAAUCCCAGUGAUCCUAGAACAAAGCACAGUGAGGCUUCAAAGCCCAGAAUUCACCGCUGACGAUGUAAGCGAGCCAGGAGUGAUGUGUGGGAUCGAGUGCCAAAGAAAGCUGCCAGAACCGAGGCCUGCUGAGCUGGAACGACUACUGUCUUAUGAAACAGUCUACGAGAACGGAACACGCACCUUCACCAAAAUUCAUCUGGAAGGGGUCACUGAAUUAAGAAACGCAUCCUCUUCUGUUGACGACAAGGCAGGGAACCUUAAACGUAGAAAACGGCAGGUAUACGGCAUGGACGGCCGCUUUGUGAUCACAGGUAAACACUACAUCACCAAUUACCCCUUUUCUGCCUCAGUAAGGCUCUCUACGGGUUGCUCAGGCAUUUUGGUUUCUCCAAGACAUGUAUUGACUUCUGCCCAUUGUGUCCAUGAUGGCCAAGACUAUCUGAAAGGGACCAAAAGGCUCAGAGUGGGUGUCAUGAAGCUUCGCUCCAAACGCAGGGGAGGACGCCAACGAGGAGGCAGGAGGAGAGGAGAAAAGAGGAGAGAAAGCGAAGUGGGAAACGAAGGAGAUGCAGCCACUGAAGGAGAACUACUUAAAAGAGAACACAAGAGGAAAAGAAAGAACCGUUUUAGGCGCGACACAGAUUCAGACCAGUCCAAACAACCGGUGUUCAGAUGGACACGCGUCAAACUAACACAAGUGCCAACAGGCUGGAUGAGGAGAGCAGGCAAGGAGAUCUCAGCUGACUAUGAUUACGCUCUUCUGGAGCUGAAACGACCCCAUAGGAUGAAGUUCAUGGAGUUAGGCAUUGUGCCUGCAGUCAAAGACAUCCCAUCUGGAAGGAUUCACUUCUCUGGUUUUGAUAAUGACCAAUUAGGGAAAGUGGUCUACCGCUUCUGUUCGGUCUUAGAGGAAUCCAAUGACCUAAUGUACCAGUACUGUGAUGCGCAGAAGGGUUCAAGUGGAGCCGGGGUGUAUGUAAGGCAACGAGAUCAAGAAGGAAAAGGGAAGUGGAAGAGGAAGGUAAUUGGCGUCUUCUCUGGACACCAGUGGGUGGAUGUUGAUGGCAUACAGAAGGACUAUAAUGUGGCAGUCAGAAUAACACCCAACAAGUAUGCUCAGAUAUGCCACUGGAUCCAUGGAGGUGCUAGUCAGUGUAAACUGACCUGAGAAAGGUCAACAAGUUCUCAAGACUGCUGGGACGGUCUAGAUGCAAACUUCAAAAGUGGUGCUGUUUGUGACCCAAUGGAAAAUCCAGGGCGAGUAGUCAAGAGCGCAAAAGUAGCAUCUGUACAGGAAAUGCCUUUUCAACAAGAUUAAUUUGGAUGCUGUAUAUUUAUUUUUGUUUCGGUUGCCAACAUUUGAGACUGUAGCUUUUGUAAUGUCAUGUUCAGGCCAUGUUUGUGUUAAAAAGCCAAUUUUACCAGCUGAGGCCAAGUAGUUAACUACUGAAAAGCAAAACAGAUUGACAUUUAGUAUGAUUUUUGUUUAAGUUCUUGAAGAGUUCACCCAAAUAUGAAAAAUGUCAUCAGUUGCAUGGAGAAGAGCCCGUUUUGCCUACAAGAAAAGUGCAUGGUGAUUCAUACUAACUCUGAAAAGAAAUAGGAAGAUUAUUUGUGAAUGACAGCCCACAAUAAUAAAGUGCAUAAUUGACAUUUUAUGCUUUUUGAAGCCUGGCAGUAUAAAUCACUAUGCAGCUGGAAGGGAGUAGCUUGGACAUUUGUAACUCAGAAGUGGAGGUAAUUUGUAACUAGGGUGAUUGUUUGGUCUUAACUGUAUUUGUAUUUAUUUAAUUUUGAAUGCAUUUGCCUAAUAAAGUCAAUGGAGUUAAAAUAUUAAUGCACUAAUUCAUAAACGUGACCCUGGACCACUCAUAUGGGUCAUUUUUUUGAAACUCUUAUGAAAGCUGAAUAAAUAAGCUUUCCACUGAUGUAUGGUUUGUUAGGACAAUAUUUGGCCAAGAUACGACUAUUUAAAAAUCUGGAAUAAAAUAAAAUA